CAACACACACGCACGCACGCACGCACACGCACGCACACACACACACACGCUCUUGUCCUGAGUCUGACUGCUGAAACGAAUCUACUCAAUGAAUGAGCCCAACGAGAUGAAAUUGAGAGUCUGAUGUACAACAAACUUACUAAGGACAUUUGUUUUCCGGAAGGUUAAAUUAAACGGGUUUUUCCAUAUCUCACAGAUUUGUAAAAGAUUCACAUCAAGCCUGCUAAGAUGAUGAAGGAAUGCCUGCAGUUUCUCAUUGAGCCGGCCAAGAAGCUCAAGCUCCGUCUAAAGGAGACUCGAAAGAAAGUAAAACUUGUUAAAAAGGAGCCUUUAACAGAGAGUCAACUGUUUAUCAUGGAGCUGGCACGAGAGCUUAACCGGCUCUGUCAGAGAUCAGACAUUCUUGCCCACAUCUGGAUGGGAGAGGAUAUAUGGCCUCCACACGCCUGUCGAGAGUUCAUUGUGGAGACUGCCAACAUUCUGGGGAUGAAGGAAAAUACAGAGAAGUCUGUCGAGGUUUAUGCUGACGUGUAUCCAGAAAAGCGUGACUGGAAGGCUCAUUUGCUUAGCAUGCUUGAGCAGGGAGGAGAAUAUGACAUGGGUCCCUUUAAAAGGGUCAUUAUGGACUGGACCAGAGAUCAGCGCAGCAGACAUCCGAAUGGUGUCUGGCCAGGUGAGGCAGUGUUAAUAAUGUUGGAUGAUGUGGAGCUGCAGUGGAAGAGGGGUCACCUGUCACAUCUGGACUCUGCUGUGGAGCUGCUGAUAUAUGUCCUGCUUGGGGAACAUUUAGACAAGGAAUUUAUUCCAAGACUGUGGCUGGCACAAAAACAAAGAACCCAGAAGAUCGGUUGUACUGGCUACAUUCCACACACAGUUUGGAACUGGAUAUGUGAUGCUUCCGUGGAAGUGACCCUCGACCCAGAGACGGCCAACCCUGUGCUGCUGCUGUCCGAGGACCACAAGCGAAUGCACUGCGGUCUGGAGCGUAGAGAGGUUUCCAGCAGUUUGCGCCGCUUUGAUGGCUGGUGGUGCUGUUCGGCCUCAAACGGCUUUUCGUCGGGACGCCAUUACUGGGAGGUAGAAGUGGGUGACCGCGACUGGCGUCUCGGGGUAGCCAAAGAGUCGGCCCUCUGUAAAGGCUACAGACCGCUGAACCCUCAGAGCGGAUAUUUCACACUCAGGCUGGAGAGAGGCACGGAGCUCAAGGCAGUGACAGUCCCGGCUACCUAUAUACGCCAGGCGCUCAUUCCUCAGAGAGUGGGGAUCUACCUGGACUUUGAAGAGGGCCAGCUGUCCUUCUAUGACAUCAAGCGACGAGCGCACAUCUACACGUACAGCGAGAGGUUCACAGAGAAGCUUUAUCCGGUGUUUGGGACAGUUGAGAUGGUAAGACAGCUGGUCAUCAGGCCUGCAGACGUCAGGGAACCAUGUCUCUGUAAGGGACCUUGUCUGUUCUGUUAAUGUACAGUACAUCAUAUAGAGCGAGAUCUCUCGAUACACAGAUAUAUAUGCGACUCACGCAUAUCACCACAGUAUUCAAAACAAAUUUGACCUUGCUUGCAAAAAAGGGGGAUUGGGGUGCACAGAGGGUAAUAUGUAAUAUUUUUUAGAAUAGGUCAACAGUUUCUGCGUGCAGAUGCUGAUAACAGAUGAAUCCUUAGUAAUUCAACCAAGGGCUUGUUUACUCUAGCUGACCGAUGCACGAGCGCUGGGCAUGCUGCCUUCUUGAAUUUGUGAAAACAGAUAUGUGACCCUGGACAACAAAACCAGUUUUAUGGGUCAAUUUUUCGAAAUUGAGAUUUUUACAUAAUCUGAAAGCUGAAUAAAUAAGAUUAAUCUUAAAAUAAGUGUUGUUAGAAUAGGACAAUAUCUGGCUGAGAUACAAUCGUUUAAAUCUCAGGAAUCCGAGAGCUCAAAAAAAUCUAAAUAUUGAGAAAAUUGCCUUUGAAGUUGUUAAUCAGGGGCACUGUGGCAGGCCAUCCACUCACAAAAAUAAAGUUUUGAUAUAUUUAAGGUAGGAAAUUUGCAAAAUAAUUUCAUGGAGCAUGAUCUUUACUUAAUAUCCUAAUGAUUUUUGGCCUAAAAGAAAAAUCGAUAAUUUUGACCCAUACUACUGCUAUGCUACUUAAGACUGGUUUUGUGAUCCAGAGUCACAUAUCUGCAGUUUUUCCAUAGUUUGAUAAAGUUGUAUCUUGUAAGUUCUAUGUAAAUAUAGAAUUUAAAGGGAUAGUUCACAAAAAAUUAAACAUUCUUUCAUCAUUUACUCACCCUCGUGUCAUUCCAAACCUGUAUUUAAUUCUUCUGCAGAACACAAAAUAUAUUUUGAGGAGUGUUGGUAAACAUUGGCCUCCAUUGUAUGGACACAAAACCACUGAGACACUUCUCAAAAUAUUUUUAUAGUUAACAGUCAUACACAGAUUUAGAAGAAAUGAAGGUGAAUAAAUAAUGGCAGGAUUUUUUUGGGUGAACUAUUCCUUUAAGGUAUUGUCACAUAAAAAUAAUGCUCACUAUAAUAUAAAAAAAAUAACGGAAAAAAUAAUAAAAUAAAGAAAAAAAAAUCUAAUCAAGAGUGAUAACAUUGCUUUUAAUUGUUCAUAUACUGUAUUAUUAUUGACAUUUGCAUAUAAAAUCAUGUUUUUUCCUCCUUGCAUCUUUUUAACCAUUUACACUUACAAUACCCAUUUACACAGCAAAAAUGGCUUCACGUUUGGUUUCUUAUGUACAGUCAAUAAAAAACGUGAUUUUGAGUGUCACUGCAUGAAGAGCCACUUGGACACUUUUAUUCCAUUUAUGCAGAUCCAAGCUUAAAAUCUACAUUUGUCUAAAUCUUGUAACUUGUAAGCUCUGGUAUAUCUGUAAAUACUGUAAAUGCAUUUAAGUGCAUUUCACUUGGCAGUAGCAUAAGAAAGCUUUUAGUGGGCGCU